ACCAAUUUUCAUACUCAGCAAUCAGCAUCCGACAAAGAUAAACUGUUCUACAAUCCAGUCCUAAAACUCUCUCUCUCUCUCUCUCUCUCUCAUUAUCUCUUUCCUCACCCGAAGCGGUCGGCGCAUCAAAAAAAAAAAGAGGUGUAUGGGCGGAAGCUCCAUGGCAAUUCUGGCAACGCUACCAGGUCACAACCUCUUCUCCUCCCUGCCUUCAAACUCUCCUCCGAAUGAUCCCACCAGAGUCUCCAAAAUCCCACCGCAUCCCAUCCCAAUCCCCAAAUACCCACCAAAAUCUCCCAAAGCCCCUCCACAAUCCCAAUCCAAAACCCCAGAUCAGCCCUCCAAUCCAGCCAUCAAAGCCCGCCGCUUCGUCAAAUAUCCCAAGCCCGUGUCCGAAGGAGUCAUCUUGAUGGACGACGAGCGUUCCGUCCUCAUCGGCGAAUCCGGAGUGUCAUACCUCCUCCCUGGAGCUCCGUUCGAGUUCCAAUUCAGUUACUCGGAGACGCCGAAGGUGAAGCCUUUGGCAAUACGGGAACCGGCGUUCUUGCCGUUCGCUCCGCCGUCGAUGCCGAGGCCAUGGACGGGGAAAGCUCCACUGAAGUCGAACAAGAAGAAGAAGAUUCCGCUGUUUGAUUCGUUCAAUCCGCCCCCACCGGGGACUAAGGGGGUGAAGUACGUGCAAAUGCCGGGGCCAUUUCCGGUAGGGAAGUUCCCGACGGAGGGGAAAACGAGGGAGGAGAUACUUGGAGAUCCUCUUACCAAGGAAGAGAUUAGAAUGCUUGUUAAACCCAUCUUGUCUGAUAAUCGCCAGGUGAAUCUCGGGAGGGAUGGAUUAACCCAUAAUAUGCUGGACUUGGUACACACACAUUGGAAGAGACGACGUGUUUGUAAAGUUCGUUGCAAAGGCGUUCCCACUGUUGAUAUGGAUAAUGUUUGCCAUCAUCUUGAGGAAAAGUCUGGGGGGAAGAUCAUUCAUCGAUUUGGUGGGGUUGUUUACCUUUUUCGUGGAAGAAACUACAAUUACCGUACUCGUCCACAGUACCCUUUAAUGCUUUGGAAACCAGCUGCUCCAGUUUACCCAAAACUCAUCCAAGAAGUUCCAGAGGGGUUGACAAAAAAUGAAGCCGAUGAGUUACGGAUGAAAGGGAAAAAUCUUAUGCCAAUUUGUAAACUAGCAAAAAAUGGAGUGUACUUUUCCCUUGUGAAGGAUGUAAGAGAUGCUUUUGAAGGAAGUCCUUUGGUGAAGGUUGACUGCAAGGGGUUGGAUCCAAGUGAUUACAAAAGAAUAGGUGCUAAGCUCAAGGAAUUGGUUCCUUGUGUGCUACUUUCUUUUGACGAUGAACAGAUAUUGAUGUGGAGGGGACAAGGUUGGAAAUCAAUGUACCCUGAAGCUCAGUCUGCUUCAUUCCUCACUUGCAGUGUUGCAAAUGGCUUGGACACUUCAGUCAACGAUGACGAUGAUCACAAGGGGAGGGAUGCUAAGACAGUGAGCUCAAGCCCUAGAAUGAUGUCCUUGUGGAAACGUGCGCUUGAGUCAAGCAAGGCAUUGUUGCUGGAUGAGAUCAAUCUUGGUCCUGAUGCUCUUUUGAAAGUGGUGGAGGAAUUUGAGGACACCUCACAAGCCACCGAGCACUCGUAUCCAGCACCAGCCCUGUCAAGGAAAGAUGUUUACAGUAGUUCUGUGGUAGAGCAUGAUGAUGAUCCUUCUUCUGAAGAUGAUGAAGAUGGAUUCAACAUCGAUGAUGAUUACUACUUAAGUGACUCGUCAUCCGAAGAGUUGGAGUCAUCAGUUCCUUUUGGGUCAUUACCUGUUGAUCUGUUAACAGAGCAGCUUGGGGGCAAGUGAAAAUCCUACAAAGGGUUUAAUAGCUCCUUGCAAUGUUUUUGCAUUGUAUCCUGUUGAAAAAUAUACUGUAAAUAUUUAAUUCAACAGGCUUAUGAAUAUAAACAUGGAUAAAAGUUGGGCGACGAAAGAGGAAAAGGAAUUGUAAAUUUAGAACAAAAAUUUGAGAAUGUAUUUUCCCUAUCCUUUUCAAGAGCAAUGGAGAUUUCAUCUUGCACA